UCCACAGUAACAGUUUGAUUAGACCAGUACCUCAGUACCAGACCCUCAGGGUUAAGAUGGUACUUCUGGGGAGCUCUGGUGUGGGAAAGUCCAGUCUGGCACUACGAUUUGGCAAGGAUGAGUUCCGGCGUACAUCACCUACAGUAGGCUGUGCCUACCUGACCCGGGUGGUGCAUCUCAGAGAUGUCACUCUUCGUUUUGAGAUAUGGGACACAGCAGGGCAGGAAAAAUACCACAGUGUCACACCACUUUACUACAGAGGAGCCCAUGCUGCACUCUUGGUCUAUGAUAUCAGCAAAAAGGAAACAUUUAUCAGAGCUCAAUUGUGGCUCAAAGAGCUUGAGAAACAGUACACCCCAGGAUCUACUGUCAUAUGGCUGGUAGGCAACAAGGGAGAUCUGGCACAGGAUCGACAAGUCUCAGUGCAGGAAGGACAGACUCUGUCCAAUGACAGGGGCUUAUUCUUUACAGAGACAUCAGCCCUGUCAGGGGAACAAAUCAGCGAGUUGCUGGUAGCUGUAGAGCUCUGGUUCAGCCCACAGAGUGUAUGAGUGUGUUG